CCUGAUGUGCAGCCGAUCCCAGGCUGAAAUGGAGCAGGAGGCCGAGAGGCUGAGCCAGUGGCAGGAGGCUCAGCACCAGCUCGUGCAGUUAGUCACCAAGGAAUACUGCCUCGGACUUCCAAGCCAGUCCCCCACCAUUGUUAAAAGUCUGCCUCUUUUCCUUCCUUCCUCCAAUGCUUGAUCUCAGACUUGUCCACAGCAGUUCCAACUCAGGAUACUGAGAAGUCCAUGUCCAUCUUGGACAUGUCUCCAUCUCCUGGAAGCAGUGGAGUGGACGCCUCUUGGAAUGACGGCCCAUCAGGCACUCAACACUUCCCUCAGUGCACACAGCUGGAGAGGAUCCCCUUGGCCUUGACUGAGGCACCCAGGCAGAAUGCAAGUGAUAUGGGGCAACAGUUCAGUAUGUUGCUGCCAGAGCAUGGCGUGAGCUACUGCUCCCAAGUGAUUCACACUCCUUCCCAGAUGAUUUACUGUGAGGGGAUGUCUCCCUCCCAGCCAGGAAUGAUGAUUUUCAAGAGGUCCCAGAUGAUGGCCUUAGGAGAACCCAGUAUUCCAGGGAUGGCCAUGAACUUUUGUAGGAAUCUAAGGAUGCCCUCCAGUGGUCUACCAGUCUCAGCUCCCAAUGGAAUCUCCAUGAUGUCCCACAUCAAUGCACCCACAAUUUCUUAUUCUGGCCCACCAACGGUACCUUCUAAUAGAGACUCUUUAACACCUAAAAUGGUAUUGGCCCCAACUAUGUCUUCUACUGAGGCUCAGACAAUGCUCCCUUCUUUGGCUCAGAUGUCACCCCCUAGAGAUCCCCAUGAUUUUAGGAUGUGCCCAGCUGGGUCCCCAUCAUUGCAGGCUUUAAAAUCCCAAUACUCUCUCAUGAGCCAGCCAGCCUCCCCGGAAGACUCCUUCCUACCCAAGCAGCCCAUACGAGCUCCACAGCGAGUGGAGUGGAACUCCAGGGCCCAGGAAAGGGCUCCCAGGAGAUCCCCAGUUUCAAGGCCUUACUCCUGCCAAUAUGAGAACUGUGGAAAAGCUUAUACUAAGCGCUCCCACCUUGUGAGUCACCAACGCAAACACACAGGUGAGAGGCCUUAUAAAUGCAUGUGGGAAGGCUGUACAUGGUCUUUCUUCCGUUCCGAUGAGCUUGGACGACAUAUGAGGAUACACACCAGAUAUCGACCAUAUAGAUGUGAUCAGUGCAGCCGACAGUUCAUGAGAUCUGACCAUCUCAGGCAACACCAAAGGACUCAUCUGCGGCAGGUGAAUGAAGAGGAAAGAAUUCCAGACAGAAUGCUGGACCAACACAACUGCUCAGAGGAGAGUCAACCUGCAAGCUUCCAUUCAUUUGGCCAAUGUUCUUUGAGCCCACUACAAAGAGCAUCACAGCUGUGGGGACUCAUGGUGAGGGGCACAGAGACAAUGGAAGGGUGUGUCAGGGAAGAAAAACUUCUCAAAGAGGUGCCUGAGUCAGACGCGAAGAGCUUGUGGAGGUUAGCUAACCUCCAAUUUCCUGGACGUCUACCCUUGGCCAUGCCCUGUGUUGGACACUAAGGACUCAGAGCAUGACAGUGCCUUGCAGUGGAGCAUAAAAACCACAGAUAAACAUUCUGAAGUCA